ACCAGUGUCAACUAAUGGCAUUUGUAUUUACUUCUGCUACUACUGUUGUUAAAAUGUAGGUUGAGGUGGGUAGCACAGCAUAUGGGCUGCUGCUACUGUCCUUAAAUUUGCUGCUGUGACAGCAAAAUAGUCAAUGGUUUGUCACCAGAUUUACAGCCUUGGGAUUUUACAUCACUGUCAUAAAGUGCACUCAAAACUUGAUGAAAACUCUGGAUUGUUUUGCUGCCACCACUGCCAGAAUUAGACAUAGCUUCAGGAGUGAAGUCCCCAGGAAUUUGGAGAGGCUGCAGCUGUUGAGCAGAGUCUCAGAUUUACCCAAGCAUAGUACUGCUGUUUAUGCCACAUACGUAUAUAUGCAAAGGUUAGUCCUUUGGGAUGCUACAGGAUUCUUAAACAGACCAGUAUGUGAAACAUUACUUCUGAAUUUUGUUUCUGUCCACAGUGUUUCUGUUUCAUCUGUCUCAUCCAGCGGACACACAACACCCACUGACUUAAAUAAUUCUUGGUCAGGGAUAAAGAGUUGCACUACAGGCCCUUCUACCGAAAGAAGCUCCAUUUAUUCCUGGGGAGAUGAUGAGUUUGAUAAAGUUAAUGCACAGAGAGUGCAUCAGUUAUUUUGGGAUGUGGAUGAAAUGCUGUUUGAAGGAAAAGUCAGUUCCCAGACUGAGAAUCUAAAGGCAGAAUGCAAAGACUGGACCAACCGAUCACUUCAUUUAAGGAUCUUGGGCAAACAGCUCAUUUUCCCAAAAGAUGAAGGUUUUCAGCAUUACCAGAGUAGAAAUGCCAGCUCUGUAUAUUCCAGAUCCUUGCCUAGCCUGAGUGAAAUCAGCAGCAGCAUGAAAGAGUUGUGUAUCUCAGGAUCUAAACUGGUUCCUGCAGCUUUUCCAGUGCACAAGGCAUUCAGCUCUGAAUUACCAGGAAUCUGUCUAGCCGAGUCAUCUGUGUAUUCAUUCUUGGAAGAAGAAAUUUAUGAUACAGAAGGCAAAAUUGAAGAAUAUCUUGCAUUUGACAACAAAGAACUUGGUGAUGAAAGUUUGGAACAAAAGAAUUUUCAUCUUGCCCGAAAGAGGAUUAAACAUGGCAUUCCUCCCAUUUCCCCCAAUGCCUGUAUCAAAGAUGCCGUGGCUGCUGAAGUAUUUGAUCAUGUGUGGAAGAAUGUAAUUCGAAUACUGGAAGAAUUAAUAAGAAAGCACUGGGAGUUAUCUAUCAUAGAUCAUGACAAGCAAAUAGAGAAACUGAAAGCUCCCGGAAAUAAGUUGCCACAUCUACCUAUUUCCCGUGUUGCCAUUGAGACAUCAAGUGUGCCCCCAUCAAGAGGGUCAGAAGUUCGAGGAAUGCCUUUUGGUUUUCAUUUUGUCCCCUCACAGAUACACCGUUUCCCAGGUAAUUUACACAGUGAUUUAAAUGGUGUCAUGACCAUUCAAGCUAAACCACUGCAACAGAGACAUUCGGGAUUGACAGAAAAGAUACAGAAUGAACAGGAAGACAAGCCACAACGUGUCGAUUCCAGUGUUAACUCAGCACGAAAUCGGCUGGGGAGAAAUACUGACAGCAGUGUUCUUUCUUCAUCUCGAGCAUUUCCUGGAUCCUGUAGGAAAGCGGCAAGCCAUCGCAGGCUGCCUUCAAUAGCUACCGACCCACUGCGCUCAAAAACCCUCAAUGUUUACAGCGAUGAAGUUCUUCGGGGGACAAAACUGUGCACUACCUUAGAUCGCUUGUCCUCUCCACUUCCACCUACAACCCGGAACAAGUUGCCACCAAUAUAUUCAGACACAGUUGAUCAGUACCUUUCCAUUCCUGCAUCGCGGUUAGGAUUGAAUAGAGGAAGGUAUCCCCAGAACAGAAUAUCCAGUGCAGUACCUAAUGGUAUGGAACAACGGCCACUUAGAGAACGAACUCUCAUAAGAGACCAGUUUUCAAGACCUAAUACUACUCACACAUUCUGGUCAGAUACACCUCAUAAAAGGUCAUUGACUUCUAUGGAUUUUGCUAAUCAUAUGUGGACAGGUCAAGGGGUAUUGACAGGUUCACAAUUUCAUGCCAAAACAUUCCAGAGAAAUCCAUCUGUCUCUAGGAGAAGAUUUCAAGUUGCUUCAUAACAUUUAAUACAGCACAAAAUAGCCACAGCACUCCACCUACCAUUAGGAGGGAUAACGUAUCAGUAUUGCACUUUUGUGGCUUGCAAAGUGCUUCACAAAAGACUGGCUGGAAAUAAUAGUAGAAGGCAGGACAUAAAGACAAUGGCUUAUGUCUGGAAUGUGGAGUGAAAGUUGGCACCAUUUGCUUUUUAAAGAUAAGUUUAAUUGGGCAGCACCUUCCUAGUUCUGUUUUCUUCUGUGGACCAGGUAUAAGUUACAGCUACAGCUGAGCCAAAUUGUUAAACCCUCCCCACUUUUUUUUUACAAUGAAUAGAGAAGUUUUGACCAAAGAGCCAAGCAAACUACAUGAAAAUUGAAAAUACAGCGUGUUUCCCUGCCUUUUGCUGAAGAUCUGGGCAAACGGUGUAAAAGCUCUCCAAUCCUGACCUUUGAGGCUUCAAUCCGUAAAUCUUCAGGACUCCCAAGCCUUGGAAGAAAGAGUACAGAGAAGCAUUUAGCUGCAGCUUAGUCCUGUGGAAGAGCUUUCUUAGAUUGGACAGCUGGAUUCAAGGACUGCAUAGCUUCCUGAAACCUCUUGGAGAAGGAGCCCAUAAAAGCACAGCCAAAAAAAAAAGGAAGCAGUUCUUAACAAGAAUGAGCAUGAAGCCAAGACUGGAUUAUAUUCAAUGUUAGUUUAACUUAAGUUCCAUUCUUUCCAAUGGGUCUAUUCUAAAUAGUAGUAUUUCCACUGCUUACAGCCCAGAGUUUCAACUCAGCUGUAUAAAGAACCUGCCUAUGUCCUUAAAGUUUAUCCUAGGGAUGAGCAGAUAGUCCCCAUAACCACAUUUCAUUCUGUUAUGGUUCCAUGGGUUGAAUCUUUGCCUUCUAGUUUCACUGGGACAAGCAAUUCUUAAGUAUUGCUUGGAAUUGCAAAACGGAAACAAAGCAUUUGCACCCUGAUUCAAUCAACAUGCAAAAACAGUUCUUGGAACUUCUGUUUGCAAAGUAAUUUGACCCAUGUAUUCAUGGCAAUAGGUUAAAUCACAGUGCAUAGAAGAACCAGGAUUCAUUUUUGUAGGUGUUUUAAUCAGUGCACAUAUGCACUAGUACACCUAAAUAAUUUGUCAUAAAGAAAUGCAUGGCUAGCGGUUUGAACCAACUUUGGCCAUUUUUAAAAAAUGGAAGAAUAGUAGAUCCUGAACACAUUGGUUCCACUUUGCAAACAAGAAUCCCUAAAACCAGAGUGUGUCCCUCAUGUUCUUCUUCAGUCUGUUCACUGAUUAUGCAAAGCAUCUUUAAGUAUUCACUUUAACAUCUCUAAUUGUCCAAUUUCUCUUUCUUUAAAAUGGGCUCCUCUUCCUCAGUGCAUUGUCUUUAAUUUGACACAUCACUCCUUGUAGGGUGAUUUAGAAGGCUGAGCUUAACUUACUUGUAACUGAUACAAAAAGAAUUGUAGAACAGGCUCAAUGAAUUUGUUUUCAGAAAAAGGUUUAUUUGCAAUCCAGCAAAAUUAUACCUUGGACAGGCCCUCAGUAACUCAGCCUGUUUGCCAGACUGUAAAUAUUGUUCUGUUUAUCAAGUUUUUCCUUCCAAAACUUUUAAAAUGUCACACACUAAUGCAAAACAAAUUAUUUUAUCAACUACAGCAGCAAACUAAUUAAAAUAUGCUUCAUAAGUCAAUGAAUCUGUUGAUAUUUAUUUACUAUGUUUCUAUACUGCUCAAUAACUGAAGUUCCCCGGACUAUUACAAACCCCUAGCAUACCGCAUAAUAAAAUAUAACAGAUUUAAAACUAGAUAUAAUGCAAAAAUGAGCAGCAAGGUAAACAUUUAAAAAUAUAAUGGCAGAUGUAAAAGCAAUACAUCUACAGAACAAAAAUGCCAGGGAGAAUACGCCUGUGUCAAAAAGAUCACCAGAUAAAUGUUGGCACCAGGUGGACUCUCUGAGGAGGGUAUUCCUGAACAGGGGUGCCACCACUGAAAAGUCCCUUAGAAAUCACAUGCUUAAUGUAAUUUGUUGUGGGCAUCCUAACAAGCAGGGUCUCUGAAGAUCUUCGGGACCAAGCAGGUAUAUAUGGCUUUGAUAUAUGCACGAUCAUUUUAAAAUGUUCUCUGCUUUAAUUACUGUAGUGAUUAGAGUAGAAUCUCAGCCAAAAUGAAAAUCAUGAGUUUUACUGUAGUGUUCACAUACAGAAAGAUGACACAAGGAGUCCAAGAUGGGUGAGAAAUUUUUUUUAAAGGAAAUUCUAAAAGAUUGUUACCUUUAUGGCUCCUUAACUACAUGAGGGUGGUUACUGCCACCCGGAAGGCCUCCUGUGAAGUCUCACAUGAAAGAUUGCUGGCAUCUAAUCAGUGUGUUUCUCUGUGCUAAGAAAAAGGUCAGAGUUAAAUUUGAAACAUUGAAAAAUUCCAAGAAAAGGGAUUAUCAAUACCAGAUAUCACAACAUACUUCCAAGCUCAUUGUAUAAUUAGAAAUAAAGAAUGGUUUGAAGCACUCCAGAAGGAUAAAAAUGACAUGGGAACAGUAUUUUGGUAAAAUAGCAGUGGUCUUGCUCUAUAGAAAUGAUGACUCCUUAGAAUG